AUGACUACUUUUAAUCUCAAGAAUCAAAACCGAAAAUCUUUAUUCUUUCGUUACAUAAUCGGCGGAUUAGUACUGGUCCCAUCUGAAGAGCAUUCAACUAUUGUUUCGACAAAGUCUGGCAAAAUUAGGGGCAAAAUAAACGAUGUGUUGGGCGUUAAAGUGAAUACAUUUUUAGGCAUUCCUUAUGGCAAAGAGCCGACGGGAAGGCUGCGGUUCCGGAGGACACACCCGGUGAGGCCCUGGACCAACACGUUUGACGCCACACGACUGCCUCCAGCGUGCAUUCAAUCGGAAUACACACAAAGACUGUUCCCGGUCAAAAUACUCAACUGGCAAAUCAGCGAAGACUGUCUUUAUAUGAAUAUCUGGAGUCCAGUGACCAACGAGACAUCAUUACCAGUGAUGGUGUGGAUUCACGGAGGAAUGUUCACCAUUGGAUCCGUUGGUGUCGAUGAAUAUGACGGCAGUGUUUUGGCAUCGUUUGGAAAUGUGGUCGUUGUGUCCAUUCAAUACAGAUUAGGAUUGUUUGGAUUUUUAGACUUAGAAAACGAUGAAAUCCCUGGAAAUAUGGGUCUUUACGAUCAGGCGAUGGCUCUCAAGUGGAUCAAUGAGAAUAUCGCUAACUUCGGCGGCGAUCCUAAUUUGGUAACACUUUUUGGUCAGUCAGCCGGAGGUAUAUCGAUAGGCAUGCAUAUGAUGGCACCGCAAACCAAGGAUCUGUUCAAACGGGUGAUCCUUCAGAGUGGAAGUCCGAUGCUAUUGAAUCAGGUGUUCACUCGCGGCCAGAAAACGGCCGAAGCUUUUGUGCGAAAAAUCGAUUGUUUCCCUGAAGGGACAGACAUUUACGACUCGCUUGAGAUGGUCGUCCGAUGCAUCGACAACACGAAACUCAAGAAGAUAAACGACGCUCAACAGGCAAUGGUCACCAAUAAUCCGGUCCCUUUCCUGCCCACCAUUCCCUCCGAAUAUAUCGAAAGUUUUCCCACAGAAGACAACGAAAACAUAACUUUCAAUCAAAAAGAGUUUUUGAUUGGUUUUAAUCGAGACGAGGGAUCGCUUAUUCUUCAUCUGUCGUACCCUAAGAACUACACGCGAACUACUGUCCCAACGAUCAACACAUUAGAAGAGGCCAGGGAUACUAUCAUCCGGAUGGCAGUGGACGGCGGCUUUCCCGAGACACAGGCCAAGAGUAUGGCGUCUGUCCUCCUGAACGGCAAUGAGACGGACACACCCGAGAACUGGGCCCGAAAAAUAGGGGCUGUUUUCGGAGACAUUAUGUUCAUCUGCCCGACCGCCCGGUUCGCCGACAAGUUCUCGGCGCUCAACUCAACGGUAUAUAUGCCCCAGAGCUCUGUUUGGGGCAAAUGGAUGGGAGUGACCCAUCACGACGAACUCAACUUCGUGUUUGGCGUUCCGCUCAGAUAUCCCAAUAUGUUUGAUGGCGAAGACAUCAACUUCAGUAAACGGCUAAUGAAGACGUGGACUCAUUUCGCCAGAACUGGGUCUGUAUCGCCGAUUGAUUACCAUAACGACUGGCCUCCCUAUGACUUCUCUAAACCCUAUAUGGAUUUAAACACGAAGAAUGCAUAUAUCGGGCACCGGUAUCACGAAGAGACAUGCAAUCUGUAUAACGCACUCAUUGAAUAUUUUAGCAGAUAAUUGAUAUCUAUUAAUAAUGCUAAUAUUUUCCUAAUAUUUUUUUAAAUAUUGAAAAUGUUUUCCUAAAAAAGACUCAGUUUUUAAAUUUCAAUAAGAGUUUAAUAUUCAAUACAUUAGUCAAGAGACGAGGAAAAUGUAAAAUAAAAUAUAUUUAUAAAAACUUGAAAUAUAACUGAAUAUCGGAGGGGUUUUUGCAUCCUUUCGCGUAACAAACCAUUAACUCAUAUAAUG